UAAAAGUUAUUUGCCAAAAUGUUGUCGUUUUUGAAAAACCUCUGGGAGUCGAUGGAUGCUGAGAAGCAGCGGCAAAUGUAUGCAGAAAAACUAGAAGAAGAACAACGACGGCUGGAUGCCGAGAUUGAAAAGGAAGAGACUGAAAAACUCAAAUCUGGCGAUGCCUCAAAUAUGCAAAAUGUGCUUGCAUCUAUUAACGGAACAAAAAACACUAACACCACUCUCAAUAAUAAGGAGGAUGAUACGUGUUUUGAGCGGCUUGGCGUGAUAACGACAUUAAAGAGUAACCAUGGUACCAUUGACCAUUCUAUAUUUUUCGACAUUGACUCUGCUGGUGGUUUGGCUAGUGAUUUGAAAGUCGGCUGUCAUGUCAAGUAUUUAGCAUUCCAACAGCUGCAUAGUGAUCACAUCAAAGUAGUUCAAAUCAAAGAAGUAUCAGAAUUGUUUUGGGAUGAUUCUUUACCUACAGCGGAGAAGAUCGAUGAACAAAUUGCAGAGCUUCGUAAUGAAAAACCAACAUUUUUUAACACACAUCAACGCAAUAUACUCGGUCUUAUUAUGGAGCGUAAACCGGGCGCUAUUGUCGUUGAUACCGAACACAAGUUAAUGAAUAUUAAUUUAGACACGGUGGAAAUAGAUUUUAUACCACAAGCAGGGGACCGUGUCUUCAUCUGUUGCAAUGUACAAAGCGAUGAGCAUUUCGUGAAUCGCCAAGGUGAAGUUCUGCAGGAAGUGAGCGUGCAUCCGGCACGUUUACUGAAACAGGAAAAAUGCGAAGUGCGGCGUUUGAACGCAGAUUGGGGAGUGCUAAACGAGGACUGUUACUUUACCUUCGAUGUUGUGCCCAAUACCUGUAAGCUUGAUGUGGGCGACAUCGUCCUGGCAGAUUUAAUCGAAUGUGAACGGGAUCCAUACAUUUGGCGCUGUAUCAAAUUAACACUACUGGAACGUACAGUACCCCAGCCGACUAGCCCGGCUGCUACAGGCCCAUCAACAAAUGGCGACAGACGCCCAACUCCGAAUGCCCGCAACGAGAGUAAACAUGCAAUUACAGUCUCCGAAGAUCAACGUUGUGUUUUAGCUAGUACUUUUCAGUCUCAAAAGGUUGAAAUGGUCAUUAAAAACAAUGUUGAGCGUAAAUUGCGUGUGCUUUCUAUCGAAUUUUUGGGUCGUAGACGUGAUUCACAAGUUAGACUUGUAGAUCCAGAUCCCAAUGCCACCGCUUUUGAACUCCCAGGAAAAAGCAGUCGCACACUAGUAUUUGAAGUUGAAUCUAAAUUCUAUGGCGAAUCUCGAGAAGUGUUUGUAAUUAAAUUUGAAACGUUCCGCGUAAAGCGCUCAAUUUUGUUGGUUGUGUGCGAGACGGAAGCCGAAGCCGAGGCAGCGCGAGCUCAGCCUACUCACAGCAUUACAAAUUCAUCUAGUGGUGGUUCACAUAAUUUGCGACAACGUUCCCGUCAUUACGCCAAUCAAGUGUGGUCCAAUAAAGGGGAAGUUAUACCAGGCGUUGGUUUGGCAACAAAGCGCCGUUUCCUAGCACAUCGCAUUGCCUUCUACGAGGUGCCCGAACGUUUGCGUAAUACCUACUUGACAGCGUCCAGUCGACAGGAAAUGAUGGAUAACGUGGAAAGUAUGUUUCCAUGCUUGAAAGAAGAACUCAGUAUAAAGAAUUACGCCAUACGGUUUCAAACGCUAGUAUAUUUAGAGGAAAUUGAAUAUUUUGUGAAUUUCCGAAACUACGAUCGUGAGCGUGCGCAUUUUACCCGCGACGGCGAGUUUUUGUCACUCACUAUUGAAAAUCUCUCUGAGCGUCGGCCAUCACUCGUUAUUGGCGACACUGUACGCGCCAUUAAUCCUUGGUCCAACGAAGAUGAUAAGCGGAGCUAUGACGGUGUCAUUCACAAAGUUCUCUUCAAUCGCGUACUACUCAAAUUCAACGAAGGUUUUCAAUCAAAAUACAAUGGAGAAGACUUUCGAUUGGAAUUCUACUUUUCGCGUUUUGCUUUUCGCAAGCAACACUACGCAGUCAAUCGUAUAAUAAAGCACGUGGGCGAACAAUUCCUUUUCCCUUCGCGUGUGUAUACACGUGACGAGCCGCAGUUACCAAUUGAAUUAGACAGCGAUGAUAAUCUCAUGCUCAAAGGCACACAGUGCCCUUGGUUUAAUCCGGAGCUGAAUCCUAUCCAAAAGCGCGCCAUACGCAAUAUCUUGCGUGGCGAAUCGCAAAAUAUGCCCUAUGUAAUAUUUGGACCGCCAGGCACCGGCAAGACAAUGACACUAGUUGAAACCAUGCUGCAACUGAUUAAGCACAUACCUAGUUCACGCCUACUCAUAGGCACACCAUCGAAUGGUUCAGCGGAUCUGAUAGCAACGCGUUUGAUAGCAAGCAAACAAUUACAGCCGGGUGAUUUUGUACGUUUAGUAUCACAAAAUCAAAUUGAAAAGGAAAUGAUACCGGAGCAUUUAAUGCCUUAUUGUGCCACGGUGGAUAUGGCUGCCGAUGGCACCUGUGAUGAUUCGAUGAUUGUUACUGAAUCGGGCAUGAAACUGCGUUGUCAAAUGAAAUACCUGGGCCGUCAUCGUCUCACCAUCAGCACAUGCACUACGCUCGGUAAUUUUCUGCAAAUGGGCUUUCCACCUGGCCAUUUUACACAUGUACUAAUCGAUGAGUCUGGUCAGUGUACUGAACCGGAGGUUAUGGUACCCGUAUGCUUGGUUGCUCAGAAACGUGGUCAAGUUAUAUUGGCCGGUGAUCCACAUCAAUUGCAAGCGAUUGUUAUCAAUCGAUUUGCUUCUGAACACGGCCUCUCGCUUUCACUUCUGGAACGCAUAUUAGGACGUACGCCAUAUUUACGCGACGUAAUGCGAUUUCCUGACACUUCGGGUUUCGACCCGCGUUUGGUUACAAAGUUGCUAUACAAUUACCGUUCCUUGCCCUCCAUAUUGAAUGUAUACAGCGAAUUGUUCUAUGACUCUGAGUUGCGUGCCAUGGUGAAUGAGAAAGAUUCGCGCGAGGCUGAGAUGUUGAAGAAGCUUGAUGUACUGUUACCCACAUCAGAGAAACGACCUAAAUCGCAUGGUAUUUUCUUCUAUGGCACACGCAGUGAAAAUAAACAGGAAUCCGAUUCACCUUCGUGGUUCAAUCCGCUCGAAGCGAGAAAUGUAUUCCUUAUGACCAUCAAGUUAUAUCGUCAAGGCAUUGAACCUGAAAAUAUUGGCAUUAUAACACCAUAUAUGAAGCAAGUGAAACAUUUGCGCACUCUUUUCAUCGAAGCAGAUAUUGCUAUGCCAAAAAUUGGUUCUGUCGAAGAAUUUCAAGGACAGGAGCGUGACAUUAUUCUCAUCUCUACAGUGCGCUCUUCACAGAAAUUAAUCAGUAGUGAUUUGCGUCAUGCGCUUGGUUUUGUUCAGAGUGCUAAACGCAUGAAUGUUGCCAUUUCUAGAGCUCGUUAUCUUAUGUUUAUAUUUGGAAAUCCGCAUCUGCUUUACUUAGAUCACUGUUGGCGUACAUGCAUAAAGUAUUGUGUAGAUAAUGAGGCAUACUUGGGCUGUGAUUUGCCAGAUGAUUUCGAUACUAGACCGGAACUAGAUGAACAGGGCGAGGAGACAAUUGAGUCCGCUACAAUAGCAACAACAACCAAUGAGCCCGCAUUGGAAUCGGCACUGCCGGCUUGAAAUAAGCAAGUAAAUAUGUUAAGACAAGCACUAGCUUAAAGUAAUUUUAAUAUUUCUUGACUUCUUUUACAAUGUAUGCAUAAGAUUUAGUUGUAAGAACGGUACAAUAAUAUGGGUUGGCUCUGUAUGACAUAAGCUCAGCCCAAUACCCAUCCUAAGGAUUUUCACAAUUUUUAAAGAUUACAUACAUACGUAUGAAGAUAAUUUUUUUAAGUUUUUCUUAUUAAAUAUAAGUAAGAUAUCCGAAAUUACUCGCCGCUAAAUAGCUGCCGGUUUCACCCGUAAUUUAAGUGGAAAAUUAUUUUUUCCUUCUGUCAGUUUUCAUAUUAAAUUCAAAUA